GUGUGUGUGUGCUUUUAAUUUGGAGAGCUUAAGUUCUUUGAAGUCUGAAGUGAAAGAUGUGAAUUCGCCAAAGUCACUUUUCCUUAUUUCAGUAAAUUUGUGGCGUUUCGGGAGGAAGUGCCUCGCCCGUCCAGCAGCGAGUACGUCUCCCGGUUCUCUUGGUUCUCUUGGUUCCAUGAUGUUUUGUGUCAUUCUGGUCAGGAUCUGUUCCCACUAGCACCCUGCAGAACGUCUGCAGAACAUCUGCAGAACCCUGCAGACACGUUGACGUGAACACAGAAACACGACUCUGUCAGUUUAACGCUCCUCUCUCCUGUUUCAUCAGACAGGAAGCAGUUUGAUGACAUCACCCUUGUCAUCAAUACAUUUUAUAGAUAAUUAAUGGAUUAAUUGAAGAAACAGACGAUGGAGAUGAUGUUCAGAUCAGACCUGAGAUCAGUUUCUGAUCCUGACACCUGAGCCGCUGGGCUCAUCAAUAUUUUAGAUCCUGAUUGGCUCUGAGUACCGGCAGCCAAUCAGAGGCUCAGCACGACCCGGCCCGGAGGUGACAUCAGAGAAGCUGGGACCUGGUUGUCAUGGUGACGGAUCAGGUUGCCAGUGAGCUCCACGGCGCAGCAGAAACAGUCGGGACGGGGGCCGAUGGCCUCCUGCAGCAGAGCUCGGGACGUCCAGGCGGCUCUGCAGAGAGCCAGGAGGAAGAUGAGCAGCCUGCAGGAGCAGAUCAGACCACAAGAGCCACUCAGUCUGCCAACAUGGCCGCCCAGCAAGGAGCUGCGAGAGUCUCUGGUGGACAUGUACCACGCUAAUCCCAGAGUGAACGUGGAGCUGCGACGCCGUCUGCCCUCAGGCCUCAACACCCAACACAGCAGCCCAGCGGGAGGCGGAGCGGGAACCUGUCCUCCCAGUCCCACCAGUCUUCUGCCCGACUGGCCUCAAGCCCCUCAGCACCUGGACGACUUCCACGACCCUGCGACCUCCAAGCCUCCCUCCCCUCAGGCCUGCAGACCCCCGGCGGCGGCGGCGGGGGGGAUGGAGGUGGACGUGCCCAGCCGAGGCCCUUCGCCCCGGGCGGAGAGCUCAGCAGGUGGAGCUGACGGCAGCAGAGCGAGCGGAAGUCCUGGUAGUCCUGUCUCCAGGAAACACCUGGUCACCACAGACAGCAGCAUUCCUCUCCAGGACUCAGUUCCUGCUCCUGCUGGUCGGGUCCUGGCUCUGGACCAAGACAAGAACAUCUCCUUCCUCCUGAAGGAGCUGGACUCUUUGAGAGACAUCAACAAGAAGCUGCAGGCCCAGCUGGUGCAGAAGGAGCAGGAGCUGCAGAGGAGGGAGGUGGAGGAGGAGCUGAGGGAGGUGCAGCAGGAGGCCCAGAGCUGGGAGAGACCUACAGCGGUGUUGGAGGAGCUUCUGUCUGCUCAGAGGGAGAGGGAUCAGGCUCUGAUGUCACGACUUCUUCUGGCCAAUGAAGAGCGAGACGAGGCUCUGCUGCGAGCACAGCGCCUCCUGCAGGCAGCAGCCGAGUUGGAGGACAUGAACCUGGAGGAAAAUGACAUGGGCGUGGACGAGCUGCUGCAGUGUGUGUGUGCUGCAGACUCGGUGCAGGAAGUGGAACGUUUCGGGUCAGCUCUGGUCCAGCGCCUGCAGUCGGCACGGCAACGGCGACAGGACAUCACGGCGCAGGAGAUGAAGGCGGUGAUGGAGGAGAGGGACGGCGGCGUGGCCCGGAGUAAGCAGUUGGAGCAGGAUCUGGUUCAGCAGAGAGCUGACAAGGAAGAGCUGCUGAGGCUUCAGAGCGAGAGAGACGGCGCCGUGGAGGACAGACGGCGUCUGGAGGCGGAGCUUCAGGCGCUGCGAGCCUAUCACAGCCUCCAGCAGUCCCAGUCCGGCUCCCUGGACGUCCUGAGCAGCGAGAUGCCUCCACCCUCUGGACCCUGCGACCCUCCCCCGGGCGGGGCGGGGCCUCCCCCGGGCGGGGCGGGGCCUCCCCCGGGCGGGGCGGGGCCUCCCCCGGGCGGGGCGGGGCUGGUGCUCCAGCUGCAGCAGCUGUCCAGAGAGAAGCAGUGCGUGGAGGCGGAGCUUGAGCGCUGCCAGCGGGCGGAGGGCGAGGCCCGCGAGCGCGUCCAGAGGUUGGAGCGCCUCGUUGAAGUUCUGAGGAAGAAAGUCGGCACAGGAAGUGUUCGAGCUGUCAUCUGACCUGUGUGUGUGUGUGUGUGUGUGUGUGUGUGUGUGUGUGAGAGAGUGUGUGUGUGUGUGUGUGUGUGUGUGUGUUAGAGAGAGAGAGAGAGAGAGUGUGUGUGUGUGUGUGUGUGA